UUCGCGCCCACGCCCGGAAGGACCAUCGGAACCUCCGCUGCACCUGCAUCAUAGCCACUCACUGACGAACUAGAAGCUGUCAUGGCCCCCAUCGAGACCGAGAAGUCCAUCGCCAACGAGGGCCUACACCAGCGCAAGCCUGCUGUUGCUGCCGCCGCUGCUGCUGACAAGGCUGCUGCCACAUACACGUGGCAGGACGUGGCCAAGCACAACACUGCCAAAAGCGCUUGGGUUAUCAUCCGUGGCAUCGUCUACGAUGUGACCGAAUGGGCGGACCGCCACCCCGGAGGUCGCGAGCUCGUACUGCUGCACGCCGGUCGCGAGUGUACCGAUACGUUCGACUCGUACCACCCGUUCUCGAACCGCGCUGACAAGAUCCUGGCCAAAUACGCCAUCGGCAAGCUCGUUGGAGGCUCCGAGUUCCCCACCUACAAGCCUGAUACGGGUUUUUACAGGGAAUGCUGUGACCGCGUUAACCAGUACUUCAAGGACAACAACCUGGACCCGCGUAGCCCGUACUCGGGUCUGUGGCGUAUGCUUAUCGUCGCGAUCCUUGGUGCUGUGUCCUACGUGGGCAUGAACCAGAUGCUGUCGGACAACAUCUACGCUCACUACGCUUGGGGCGCCCUCUUCGGUGUGUGCCAGGCUCUACCGCUGCUGCACGUGAUGCACGAUGCCUCGCACGCCGCCAUUACGAGCAGCCCUACAGGCUGGAGACUCAUCGGACGUCUUGCUAUGGACUGGGUGGCCGGCGCUAACAUGUUAUCGUGGCUCAACCAGCACGUUGUAGGCCACCAUAUCUACACGAACGUCGCUGGAGCCGACCCUGACCUUCCCGUGGACUUUAAGAGCGACGUGCGUCGCAUUGUCUAUCGCCAAGUACUGCUUCCGAUCUACAAGUUCCAGCACAUCUACUUGCCGCCGCUCUACGGUGUGCUGGGCCUCAAGUUCCGUGUCCAGGACAUCUUUGAGACGUUUAUCUCACUCACCAACGGGCCGCUGCGUGUGAACCCACACUCGGUUGGUGACUGGGUCGAGAUGAUCAUCUCCAAGGCCUUUUGGGCGUUCUACCGCAUCUACAUCCCGCUGGUUGUGCUGCAAGUUGAUUCUGCUCGCUUCUGGGGUGUCUUCUUCCUGGCUGAGUUCGUGACGGGCUGGUACCUGGCCUUCAACUUCCAGGUCAGUCACGUUUCCACGGCUUGCGACUACCCGGGCGGUGAUGAAGAGGUCUCGGCUAUUGAGGACGAGUGGGCUAUCUCUCAGAUCAAGUCGUCGGUGGACUACUCGCACGGCUCGUUCCUCACGGCGUUCCUCACGGGUGCACUCAACUAUCAGGUGACCCACCACCUCUUCCCCGGUGUCUCGCAGUACCAUUACCCUGCUAUCGCCCCGAUCAUUAUUGAGGUGUGCAAGAAGUACAAGAUUAAGUACACGGUCCUCCCCACGUUCUCGGAUGCACUGGCUGGCCACUUUGAACAUCUCGUUGUCAUGGGCAAGAUGGGCAAGCGUGUGAGCGUCCACAUGGGCUAAGUCUUUAGCUGGUGGUCAACCUACCGAGGAAAAUCCUGGGCCCAAUCUGCUGUUGAGCCAUUUGGCUCUAGUUGCUGGUAAACGUUGGUGUCGAGCUGGAAGGGUAAGAUGCCAGGAGCUGUUGCAUUGAGGUCAGUCACAGUAAUCCAUGCUUUCAGUUUGAUCGAGUGUUCUUUGCUAUUGCUCUCAGUUGAAGCUAAAGAUCUCGACCAGAUUGGUUUACUGCACUG